AUGCGCAACACUUCAUGUACCCAACAUCCGGCUACAGCACCAAUUCUCGUUUUCCUGAUUCGUGAUUCUCUAUCUAUUCGGUACUUCCUUUGUUGCAAUUUUAGUCUUCUCCUAGAGGUACUAUCCUCUUUCUUUCUUUCUUUCUUUCUUUCUUGCUUUCUUUCUUUCUUUUUUUCUACCUAUCUAUUUCUUAAUUUGUUCAUAUCUAUCUAUCUAUCUAUCUAUCUAUCAGUCUAUCUAUCAUAUCUAUCUAUCUAUUUCUGUUGGUUUCUAUCUAUCUAUCUAGAUAGAUCUCAUCUAUCUAUCUAUCUAUCUCUCUAUCAAUUUCUCUCUCUCUCUCUAUAUCUAUCAAUUUCUGUCAGUUCAUAUCUAUCUAUCUAUCUAUCUAUCUAUCUAUUUCUGUUGGUUUAUAUCUAUCUAUCUCAAGAUGAUCAUCUCUCUCUAUCUCUCUAUCAAUUUCUGUCAGUUCAUAUAUAUCUAUCUAUCUAUCUCAAGAUGAUCAUAUCUCUCUCUCUCCAUCUCUCUAUCAAUUUCUGUCAGUUCAUAUCUAUCUAUCUAUCUAUCUAUCUGUUCAUAUCUAUCUAUCUAUCUCAAGAUUUUCAUCUCUCUCUAUCGAUUUCAAUGAGUUCAUAUCUAUCUAUCUAUCUAUCUAUCUAUCUAUCUAUCUAUCUCUUCAUAUCUAUCUAUCUAUCUAUCUUUAUUUAUAUCUAUCUAUAUAAUGGACAUUUAUCCAUUUUCUUCUUCUUCUCUUUGUCAAUUUUCAUUCAUUUCCCUUUCUUUUCCUAUUACCCUUAUUUAUUUGAAGUCAUUCUUUUUUUUUCAUUCAGUUUAUUUUAUUUUUCUUCAAACCCCUCCUCUUUUGCUUAUAAGAUUCCAGGUUCUUAUUUCUUUUUCUCUUUUAUAAUUUAA